UUCCAUCUCUUCUUUCUCACCGUCGUAGUUCUCAUUAUCUCCGGCGCUGAAAUUUAUCGGCCGCCGAAGACUCAAGUCUUGGCCUCGAAUCUCGAUCCUUUAUUUCUAGCUAAGGAUUUUUCUGAUUUGUCAAGAAAGAUGAUUGUUGAAGAGAGCAUUGUGAAGCUAUGUUUUGGCUUGGAACACCAGAAAAAGCAUGGAACAUACCAUGUAAAGCUCUAAAAUUAGCCAAAAAAGCGACAUUGAGCAAGAAUCAUAUCCUAGGGGAGGCUUACUUGUUCUGUUGUUGAGAGAAAUUUUGUGGCACAAGGCAGUGCUGAAAGGAAGGUUCAUAUAGUGCAUUUGGGUGAGAAGCAGCAUGAUGAUCCGGAUUUUGUUACGGAAUCACAUCAUCAGAUGUUAUGGUCACUUCUGGGAAGUAAAGAAGAUGCCCAUGAUUCAAUGGUGUAUAGUUACAGACAUGGUUUCUCCGGUUUUGCGGCAAAGCUUACCAAGUCUCAAGCCAAGAAGAUAGCAGAUUUACCUGAAGUUGUUCAUGUCAUACCGGAUAGUUUCUACAAGCUGAAAACAACUCGGACUUGGGAUUACUUAGGCCUUUCUGCCGCUAAUCCAAAGAAUCUUCUAGAUGAAACUAAUAUGGGUGCACAAAGUAUCAUUGGUGUUAUUGACACAGGAGUAUGGCCUGAAUCUGAAGUAUUUAACGACUAUGGGAUUGGGCCGGUGCCAAGCCACUGGAAAGGAGGAUGUGAAUCAGGAGAAGCUUUCAACUCUUCUCACUGUAACAAAAAGCUCAUAGGAGCCAAGUACUUUAUCAAUGGUUUUAUAGCGGACAACGAAAGCUUCAACUCCACAAAAUCACUUGAUUUCAUUUCUCCUAGAGAUCAUGAUGGUCAUGGCACACAUGUUGCCACCAUUGCUGGUGGCUCAUACGUGCCCAACAUAAGCUACAAGGGCUUAGCUGGAGGGACUGUGAGAGGUGGAGCACCUCGUUCUCGUAUAGCAAUGUACAAGACUUGUUGGUAUCUGGAUGAUGAAGACAUAAUGAGUUGUUCAUCAGCUGACAUCUUGAAAGCUAUAGACGAGGCUAUGCAUGACGGUGUUGAUGUUCUGUCAAUCUCUCUAGGCUCUGAUGUUCCUUUGUAUGGCGAAACUGAUAUCCGCGAUGGGAUAACUACUGGAGCUUUUCAUGCAGUCUUAAAGGGUAUAACUGUUGUUUGUGCCGGUGGUAACUCAGGCCCUGAGGCUCAGACCGUGACAAACACAGCUCCUUGGAUUGUCACUGUGGCUGCAACUACUCUAGACCGUUCCUUUGCCACACCUAUUACACUUGGCAAUAAUAAAGUCAUAUUGGGUCAAGCAAUGUAUACAGGUCCAGAAAUUGGCUUCACCAGCUUGGUUUAUCCUGAGACCUCAGGGAAGAGCGAACAAAGUUUUUCUGGUACUUGUGAGGAACUCUCCGUGAAUUCUAAUCUUACAAUGGUGGGUAAAGUCGUGUUGUGUUUCACAACAUCACCUUACAGUGCUUCUGCAUCGAGUGCUGCACGUUCGGUGAAGACAGCCGGUGGUAUUGGCGUAAUCAUCGCAAGACAACCAGGUUAUGUUAUCCGACCAUGUCUAGAUGAUUUCCCUUGUGUUGCUGUUGACUGGGAGCUUGGAACUGAUAUACUUCUCUACAUACGGUCCAAUGAAUUGCCUGUGGUGAAGAUACAACGUUCUAGAACACUCACAGGACAACCAGUGGGAACAAAGGUGGCAACGUUCUCAUCAAGAGGACCUAAUUCGAUUGCAGCUGCGAUCCUCAAACCGGAUAUGGCAGCACCAGGAGUGAGCAUAUUGGCGGCUACAACCACCAAUACCACUUUCAACGACCGAGGAUUCAAUAUGAUGUCAGGAACAUCAAUGGCGGCUCCUGCAAUUUCAGGAGUUGUUGCGCUUCUUAAAGCUUUACACCGUGAUUGGUCUCCUGCUGCCAUUAGAUCAGCCAUUGUCACUACUGCUUGGAGAACAGAUCCAUUUGGAGAGCAGAUAUUUGCUGAAGGGUCACCUCGGAAGCUAGCUGACCCGUUCGACUAUGGUGGAGGCCUUGUGAAUCCUGAAAAAGCUGCAAGACCAGGUCUUGUGUAUGACUUGGGACUUGAAGACUAUGUUCUCUACAUGUGCGCUGCUGGUUACAACGAGUCAUCAAUCUCUCAGCUUGUCGGAAAAGGAACAGUUUGUUCAAAUCCCAUACCAUCUGUUCUUGAUUUUAAUUUGCCUUCCAUCACAAUCCCAAACCUCAAAGACGAAGUCACUCUCACCAGAACUCUCACUAACGUUGGACCACUCAAAUCGGUCUAUAGAGUAAAGAUUGAGUCACCAUUGGGUUUUCAAGUGACCGUGACGCCAAAGACACUAGUGUUUAACUCUAAGACCAAAAAGGUCUCUUUUAAAGUCAGAAUCUCAACCACACACAAAAUCAACACAGGUUACUACUUUGGAAGCUUGACCUGGAGUGACAAUGUGCAUAAGGUUACAAUUCCUGUAUCUGUAAGAACGCAGAUUCUGCAGAACUACUACGACGAAAAUUGAACCUAUAAACAGUGACUAACCAUUUGUGAGCUUCGUAUUUAAUACUGUAUAAUCCACAUUUUUGGAGCUC